AUGUUGGUGGGUCGACAUGAUCGCCAGACAAAUAAGCGUGAUUAUCGGCGGGUUCGACGUAAUCUCCAGGUGACGGAACAUCGAUUGAUUACGAGUGAAAAGCCCGAAUUGAAGGCCGGUGAAUCAGCAGUAGAAGUGCUCAUACGGAUGAUGCAGCCACCUCCACCACCGCAUCGUACCAGUUCAGGAUCGGUUCAGAACAAUGUUAUGCGUCGUAUGGUGCUUCCAGCACAAGUUUCUAAUAUGGUGGAUGGAAACGGGCGAGCAGCGGAACAGUCGCGAGAUGACCUGCCGUUCAUUGGAAGAAGUUUUCCUCCAUCAGGCUUUCAAAUGCCACAGCAACAGCAACAGCAGCAUCACCAUAUCAGUGGCGAGAUGGUGGACAUGUGGCCAAACGCAUCGCCUGGACAUGUGGCACCGGACGGCUUUCAUAUGCCAUUCAAUGGGAAUGUGUAUGGCUAUGCGCAUACAGCAUAUCCGAAUAUGUUGAAUUUGCCUCAGUUGCCGCCGAUUUAUCUGCGAUGUCCGGAAUGUGGUCUUGUCAAAAUGAACAGCGAAGAAAUGGAGAUUCAUCUCAAAGUAGAGCAUUUGCAAUGGUUACCGUAUCAGUGUACAAUGUGCAGUGCCGAAAGGGCGGCCGAUUUCCAGCUUCGCGAGCACAUCAUCUCUGUGCAUCGAAAGAACACAGACAAGUUCAUCUAUGUGGAUAAUCCGGGUGCCAAGCGAAUGUAUCGAAUACUAAUGGAUCGAUGCUUGAUGAAUGCACGCCGCUUAGUGGGCAGUUCGCAUCCUGCACAGCAGUUCCAGAACCCCUCACCGAUCGACCAGAUGAGGGAAACACUCGUGAAUCAUCAUGCAAAUGAUUUGGAUGGACGAAAAAAGACAGUUGAUUUAACUGCAACUGAAUCACUUGGUGAAAACUCUAUCCAGAAUAUCACCGCUCUGGCGAACGGGAGUGGAGCUCGUGAGUCACCACAGGAGGAGCCCAAAUCGGCGAAUGCAACAGCAGGCGCUGCUGCAACGGCUACAGCUUCCGAGACGACCACAAGGCGUAUUUCAGUUGAGAUACUGCAGAUUAAAAUGAUGCCGUUUACAGCUUUUUCAGCUUCUGAGAAUAGUUCGGUUCCAUGGAAUACGAAUACUGGUGCGGUGUUAUCAGCGAUUCGUGUUGCAACUCAAGAAAAUGAAGAAGUGGAGAGGGAAGAAGUGGAAGAUGAAAGUGAAGGAUCUGAGGAUAGCGAAGUUUAUGACGAGGAAUUCAAUGCUGGGGCUAGAUCUGCGACGGAAUCAUCCUCAUUCGACCCAGCGCCACGCAUUGCUGAGUCGUCAGGCGCUGUUGAGCAGUCGGACGAAGCACUGUCAGCAACGGAGGUGGCGACUGAGGGGGAUCAUGACACGACGGAAAUCCUUGGUAAUGUUGCAGCAAUUUUUAGUGCCGAUGAUGUUGGCAUCAGGAGGCGCCGCAAACGUCGUGCACGUGGUGAGCGCCCGAAGCUUAGUGCCAGCAGCCUUGCCAAGAAGCGUGUGCUAGGAGAAUGUAGCAGAUGCAAAAAGCCGGUUACUGCUGGUGCUCGACAAAUGCACAUGUUCUUUCAUUUGGGUAAAGACUGUAAGGUUUUCCGUUUCCGCUGCACCUAUCCGGGUUGCACGGUGGAACACUACAGAAAAGAUCAGAUGGAAAAUCACCAGUCGAAAGUACAUGGCAAAAUAAACUCACUGUUAAUUGAAGAUCGAACAGCCGCAUUGUUUGACGCAUGCCAGGAACUUUCAAUGCAACUUCUCGGUACAACUGGUAAUAUGCCCGGUCCAACAGCGGCAAAAGCACAAAAAGCUUACGAAGCGAUUCUUGCUGCUCAGGCUUUACGCUCAAUCCAGAAGAAAAAAGCUUCAGAAAAGGUCUUAGCUUUACGGUUUUUUUUUUUGUACAGCGUAGUAUUUUUGUUUUGA